AAUUUUGACAGCUUGUCAGCACGCUUCGCCUGGCGGCUCUUUGCAUUUAUUUAAUAUCUAUAGAAUGAACGACUUAAAUCUGCGCGUAGCUGCUCUUAAGUUAUGCGCACAUCCAAAACGUCUUUCCGAGAUGCGCGGAUCACUUGUGCCAAUACCGUCAAAGUGGCAAGAUUCACAAUGCAAUUAUGUGCUGCAAUUUGUGGCAGCCACAAGCUGCACCGAACAAAUAUCUGUGGUAAAGCAGCUCUUUGAGAAACCCGAAGCCUUUGCCUUUCUGUCUGACGUGCUGUUCGUCAGUCCCCUAAAACAUUCCUUGCGUGGACAAUUAACAAAACUCUUCUCCAACCAAGAAACUGGGAAAAGAGCAAACACAACACACACAAAGGAAGCACUGCUGAGCGUUUUGUGUGAAUCUCUCCGUCAUCUGUCGGAAAUCAUCGAUCAACCUGAUGUUCCCAUCGAUUUAUUGAAUGAUGUAUUCGUGUCUAUCGGCGCUUGCUUGCACAAUUUCUCCUAUGGCCGCGAAGCACUGUCCAAGGAGAUACAUUGCUUUAUUCCCAUGGUGCCCCGGGCAUUGGACCGAUUCUGGAAGUCCAUCAGUGAGGCAAAUGAGGAUCUGUCGCCGACACGACGCAAUGAAUUCUACCUAUUUAUACAGAAUCUUUUGCGCUUUCAUGUCAACUUUCUGGUUGACUUUAAGCUGUUGCUAAAGCCGGAAAAGUGCCAAGACUUGCGACUAAUUGAUAAGUUGGCCGAAAGCGUGGCUCGACAUGUGGAUACGCCUUGGGAUGUGCGUUCCAUAGCAGGAUUAUCAAUUGGUCACAAUGCUCGCUUCUUUAGCGAGUUCGAUGAUUAUCUGACCAAAUGCAAGAAUUUGACUGCAGCCGAAGAUUUGCCCAUUAAAUCAGCCUCGUUGCUGGUGCUACAAAAGACUGAUUAUGCCGAGCAUGGGGAACAGGCAUUGGAUAUAAUAAAAGGCAUGCUUGAACUGGUGAAGACGGCUGGCAAUGUAACCAAUCUGUUGGUCUACAUGUCCAAGCAUUUGUACACCUACUCCAAGUCCCUCUCCGCAAUACAUCUGACAGAUCGUCCUUUGAUCAUGUAUGACCUCAUACUGGCCACAUUGUUGAGAUUCUCGCUGGAGCACAUCGUGAGCACCGUUGAAUCCAUACGUCACAUGAGCGCCAAUAUAUUGCUGCAAGUCCUGCAGCUCUCAAAGGCCACAGGACAACAGAGUAUCAUUAAUCAGGUGUACGCCACGUUUGAGCGUCAGCGCAUGCCAACCAAUGCUGUUUGCCUCAUGUUGCAACAGCUCGUCGAGACAAUGGGCACUAAAGCCGUUCUCCUAAACUGUGGCAGCAUCCUAGACAAAAUCUUUCCCACCUACCUUGGUGCUGAUGACAACGUCAACACAUUAUACAAGUGCAUGAUGAUAGCGGCACACAAAGAGUUUGAGUUCAGGGAUUGGUACAACGUGUGGUGUGUGGGUUUACUUAAUCAGGCACAUCCGGUGAACGAUCGUCUUCCCGCAAUUGAACGGCUUCUCAAGGUGGCCGUCCAGUUGGAUCACAAUGUGCUUGCCCUGAUGAUAAAGCACCGUGGAUUGCCGUUUAGCAGUAAACUUGUGGCCAUGUUGAUGGCACGCAGCAAUGGCCAGAAUCGUCAGGUGAAAUCCCUCAUGUUGGAAUAUACGGAGCAGAUAAAUCAAGCGAUUAUAGGCGUCGAUGAUAAUACACGUUUGAUGGCGCUGUCCUUUGUCGUUGAGACGCCAAGACAGAGUGAACCAUACACACAGUUCGAGAUGGAUGCCAUCCUCAGUUAUGUGGAGAAUAAUGCCAACAGUCCCAGUGCACACUUGCGUCAGAUUGGACGCGGAUUAUUGCAGAAGUCAAUCAAGCGUCUUGAUCUCAAUUUGGCACAGCAGCUAAGGGAGAAGGGAGGAACUGCUGCCGGUCUUCCCGAUGAUCAUAAGCUGAUUAAAUUUGUUAACAAGCUGAUGUACACAUUGAUGCUGAAUCUGUUUCCCACUGCCAAUUAUGGACGACGUUGGCUAUCGAUGCAUUUGAUGCAGGACUGCAUUGAGAUGAUGGAACGCUUGCGUCUCACCUGGCUAACCAAGCUGCCAUCGCAAACAGUGACCUAUCUAUUCCAUUGCCUAGGUGACAGCUAUGAGCACAACAAGGCGCUGGCUGCUCAAAUAUUAAGAAUGAUGCAGUUGCAGGCACACCAGCAGCCUGAUGAAAUGUUGCGGCUUUUGGUGUCGCUGCGUCCGCCGGAUUCAGUGACGGCCGCCUAUCAGUUGCAGGUCUAUUGCCAGGCCAAAGAUGUGUUAGUUGAGGUGCCACAGCCGGAGCAGCUGCCAAUCAAUGAACCUCGUUACUUUGCCGUCUUGCACUGGCUCUUGCAACAUUUGCGCUUGGGUAUUAAUCAGGCUCAAGGUGAUUUAACUAUGGCAGCCAAAACGAAUCCAUUGUAUGGUCUGCUUUUUGCCAGCCGACAUUUGUUGCAACAGCUGGAGCUAACAAAACUGGCCGAGGAGCAACUAUGGCGAGAGUAUAUCGAUCAAUUGCUCAGCCUUUGUAUGCUUGUCAGUGAACUAAUGCUGCCCGUCGUCGGUAGCGAUUCCCCCGAAGGCCAUUUGCCAGCAACACAAGCUGAAUUCCAAGACGAGACUGCUGUCAAGGUUGAAGAACAAGUCGAAGUCAAAGUCGAAGGUGAAACCGAAACAGAAAAUGAUGCCGAAGCUGAUGCUGAAUCAAAUCCAGAUAUGGAUACGCUAUCGAUAACGCCACAGUUGGUGUUGUUGUGUGCUUGGCGCAGCAUUAAGGAAGUCUCCCUGAUCUUGGGUGAGCUGGUGGAGCUGGCGCCAUUGCAACAGGAGCAUUCACACAACUAUUUGCUCAGCAAACAACAGGUGGCAGAUAUUGGAGAACACUUUCUGGUCUUGCUCUCGGAGAUUAAGCAUCGUGGAGCAUUUGAGCAGGCCUAUGUGGGUUUCACGCUGCUCUGUCGUCGUUUCUGGCAGAGCAAUGAGCCGGCUUUGAAUCAAUUGCCACCCAUUUGGCUGGAUGACGCCAUGCAACUGGUUGCUGGUCAUGUUGAGGGCAAGGAAAUCUGCCCGACACGUCGCAGUGCUGGUGUUCCCUACAUGUUGCAAGCCCUCAUUUGCACCGAACUCAAGCUGGGCACGCAUAACACCUUUAGCAAGAGCAUGUCCCUGCUGCUGGAUGUGUGCGAGCGUCGUGAACCAGGACCAGCUGCUGCAAUCGCCCGCAGCCAUGCCCUCAACAUAAUGCGCGCUCUGUUCCGGUGCAGCGAACUCUCGGAACUUGUGGGCGAGUUCAUUGGACGCGGCGUUAAAUGUUCCCUCGAAAGUCUCGAUGCCAUUGAGUGGGCUGAACGCAAUUGUGCCACCUUGUUGCUAUCGGGUCUCAUGGUGCGCAUCUUUGGCGUCGAACGUGCCCGCAAUGAUGUGGGCCAGCUGCAUUUACGCAAUCGCAUGACCGGACGCAUCUUCUUUACACGCUAUCCCCAACUCUUUGAUUACUUCCAUGGCUGCCUGCGUCAAGCUGCCAUCGCCAAGAGAUUGGGCAAAUCAUCGGGCGGACAAACUGUACAAAUGGAGGCCAUGCUGCAGUUGCUCACUCGUCUCUAUCCCUCCCCACUUGAGGGCACCGAAAAUACCUUAAAUCUCAGCGAAUUUGUGCCUUUCCUGCAGAAAAUCUGCUGCGUCCACGAUAAUAUGACACGUCAACGGGCCAGUCAGGUCUUGGCCAACUUUAUGAUUCCCACGUUGGCUAAUAAGAACAUCCGUCGAAUUCUCCUGAGGCUUAAAAUGAUGAACUGUAGGCACAACAAUCUUUAUCGACCGGGUAUUCGGCAGAAAAAAAUGGCACCAUACACCAGGGAUUUGAAUGGUCUGCAUGGUCAUCUGCUGCAAUUGCUGGAGCUGUAUCGCCUUGUGCGCUGGCAGGAUGUACGAUUGAUCAAUAUGACGCUACAUGUGCUGUCGAUAUCGGUGUUGAAGAUAUAUAUCCAGGAUAUCUAUCUGUUUAAUGCCGUAUUGAAUGUGCUAACCGCCAUAUUGCUGGAUGCUAAAGAUGCCAAAGAUAUUGAAUCAAAUCAUUUAAAUUCUCUGGAGAUCAUAUGUUUGCUGGAUCAUAAAAUGAUCUAUGAACGUUGUGCAAAGUAUGCCAUAUCACCGAAAUUCUGUAUCGUUUUCUCACUCCAUUUGCAUCGACUGACAAAUCGCCCGGAAACGAUAAUGGAGCACAUGCUGGCGGUGCUGGUGAGGCCAACAUAUUUGCCGGAAACCCUGAAACAGUUCACAGUCGAUCUGUGGCUUUACAUGCUCUUCCAGUUGGCGAAUCAUUCGAGUAAAACUCGUGGUCUCGUCGACGCCUAUGAGGUGAAGAACUUUCAGUUCGAUCCGGAUGUUGUGAGCUACUGUAAAGCUCUCGGAGGUAGGCUGCAUUCAUUGGUGGUUCACCUUUUGCGUGAAUCUGAAGAAGUCAUACAAUAUGUAUUCAAUAUGGCCAAUCAGAUAGUCGAAGAGCCCAAACGUCGUCCCGGCCUUGGAUGCGGAGUGUACACGUUGCUCGCCCUGAUGGGCAGAUUAGAUUUAACCAUCCGAGAGCUGCUCGAGCGUCGCGAUUGUGGCAUUGAGCCGGGUCUGGCACUCUGCAUAACGCGUCAGGUGAUGGCUGAAGGCUUGCGCGAGCCGGAGCAACAAGUUCUAUGGAUGCCACUAAUUGAAUAUGCACUUGACAUCGGUGCACCCACCCAGAAGCCGUAUCUGCGCUUUAAGGCCGCCCAAUUGGUCGAUCGCCUAACUGUUCACAUCCAGCAGCUGCUGGCCACCGGUGACGUCCAGAUUAUUGGCAACUAUAUGCGUCUUGUGCUCCAAUUGCUGGUGGAUGAGUCCGAAUUGGUGCGCAAUUAUAUGGCCGAAAUGAUAUCCAGCUGCCUGAAUUGCUACAUCGAGAAUCAGCAGAGGCCCAGACUGAUGCCAGUAUUUAGUAUGCUGCCAACGGCAGCUGAGAAGUUCUUCUUGCAGCGUUUACUCGAGAAUCUGCAGGAGCAUUCGGAGAAUAGCAGCUUCGUCAUUGGCAUAUUUAACAUCAUUGUGGAGCCAUUUGUAAGCACCGAGUUGCUCGACAAUCGCAUAACUAGCGAGGAUAACGCAAUUCAAAUCACUGAUGUCUGCGACGAAGCGGAAGUUGUGUUCGAUAAACAGGAUCCAAAUGUCUAUUGCGAAGGAUUUCGUGUUGCCUCAAAGGUUGCCAAACAUUUUCGAACCGCAUUUCCCAACAAUACAGAAUUGAUUAGUGCCCUCGACGCUUUGGAGAAAUGGAGUUCAUAUAGUGGCUUUGGCGAUGAAUCGAUUCCUCCACCAGCGACAACCUAACCAGCUAUUCAACCGGAUCUAUCAUGGAGAGAGACAAAGCAAUUAAGAGGCUGUACCAAUAGUACAAAAA